AUGUCCGACCCCUCAUUGGGUGCCACCGAUGGCAUGAACAAUAAGCGAAAGCGCGAAAGCACUGACAGUACCGGGCCUGAUGCUCAGCGAUUGAACCGCUCCUCCAACGGAAGUAACGGCAGUAUUCCAGCCCCAGACACCCAACCUAAUUUCGGGCAUGCCUCUCUCGGGUCUUAUGAUACCCAUGGCCUCCCUGGCGCAGCAUCCGAGCUUAAUAUUGACCAGCAAAUUCUCCAACAUGUCGGUCCGCAGAACGGUAUCUCUGAUGAGAAUGCUCUGACAGCUAAAGCUGCUUUAGCCGCGCACCAACCGCAGAAUAAAUACCCGCCUCCCCCAGACGCGACAUUUGACAGUAGCCUUCCACAUGGCCUGACGUUCGGCGAUGAGAUGGGCCAAGCGAUAGGUGGCGCUCAUGGUCACAAUUCAACUGCCGCUGCUGUCUAUGCUGCGCGUGAAGCACAAAGCAUGAACCAAAAGCCCUCCGUUGGGUCGCCGGAAUGGCAUCAAAUCCGCAAGAACAAUCACAAAGAAGUGGAACGCCGACGCCGUGAGGCGAUCAAUGAAGGUAUCAAUCAGAUUGCUCGUCUGGUUCCAAAUUGCGACAAGAACAAGGGUGCUAUUCUGCAGCGCGCCAUCGAGUACAUUUGUCAGCUUCAUGACGAAAAGAAGGCCAUGGGCGAGCGAUGGGAGCAGAAUAACAUGACUACAAGUCAUGCCAUCAAUGAGAUCAGCGCACAGAACUCCAAAUUAAAAGUCGAGGUCAAUCGCCGUGGAGACAUUGCGCUCAAGUGGUUGCAACGCUGUCGCGAUGCGGGCCUCGAAUUCGACGAUUAUGAGGAGGCCAAGGAGCUGGAACCUCUCGAGGUUGAUCAGGGCCAGGUUUGA